GCUGAAAUGAAUGCAAUCAUGAACAAGAACUCUUCAGACGUCAAGAAUUGUACGAUGUACGUUGCCCUCUUCCCUUGCAACGAGUGCGCAAAACUCAUUAUCCAAUCAGGAAUCAGGAAAAUCUUGUAUCUAUCGGAUAAACACAACGCAAAGCCAGCAACAAUAGCGUCCAAGAGACUACUGGACCUAGCAGGUGUCGAAUAUGUGAAGUUCACUCCAAGUCAACCCAAGAUUGUUGUUGAUUUCUAUAAGAUCGAUCCGGAUGCAGCACCUUCUCCUUUCAGCUCAAUAACGUCCCCAUAAGUAGUAUAAGAUCGAUCCGGAUGCAGCACCUUCUCCUUUCAGCUCAAUAACGUCCCCAUAAGUAGUAUAAGAUCGAUCCGGAUGCAGCACCUUCUCCUUUCAGCUCAAUAACGUCCCCAUAAGUAGUAUAAGAUUGAUCCGGAUGCAGCACCUUCUCCUUUCAGCUCAAUAACGUCCCCAUAAGUAGUAUGUGCAUACAGGGCCCUAUGUCAUAAAGCUUACUGAGCGAGUUUCCAUUUUAUUGCUCUGCUAACGGUAAGCACACAAAAAGGUAUACUAACCUUCCAGUGCUUAUUGUAUGACAAAAUGAAUGGUGUCACAAUGCAAACCCAUUGUGAACGCGCAAGCUGAGCGCCUAAAUUUCUUGCGAAAUACUCCUAUGCUUAAGCAAUUUUUCUGCUAUCAGUUUGCUUGUACCAUUAAGUAACCCUAUGAAAUUGGUCCCUUAACUCAAGAGGUUAAAGUUCACCAAGGUCAGUCAAGGUUAACAUAUGAAAAAAAGAUCACAUUAUCAAAGAGCUAUGGUUAUUAUAACAUAAAGAGUGGCUACACAUUUCCAAGUUAUCUGUAAGGAACAAACCAUAAAUAGGGUGUUCCAUUAAAGGGUGUAUGUAACUUUUGUAGGAUAAAAAACACAAUGUCCACAGAUUUACACUAAACGUAUACAG